CUCUCAAACACCAUCGGCAUCUACACACUCCACGACACCCUCCUCUGCUACAUAAUUCUUCCACAAAACAAAAUCAGACCAAUCAACAACCCAUAAAUCGAGUUAUGAUCACAAAUUGAACAGUUUCCGGCACGUUAUGUCAAUCCCCACACGAUUUGCGUUAAAAAUUUCGAGAUCAGCCUCAGCAAACGCUAAAUUGGGGAUAGGGUUUUGUCAAAGGAGGUUUAUGAGGGUUUUGAGGUGUGAGGAACAGGUGGACGUGAACAAUGAUGUUGAAAAUGUGAAUAAUCGUAGGGUUGUGGCUCUAUGGGGUAAUGGUGAUUAUGGGAGGUUAGGUUUGGGUAACUUAGAAUCCAAAUGGAGGCCUGCGUUUGUUUCGGCUUUCGGCGAUGGGAAUCUUCGAGAGAUUGCGUGUGGCGGAGCUCAUACCUUGUUUUUAACAGACAGUGGAAAUGUGUAUGCUGCUGGACUUAAUGACUGUGGACAACUCGGUGUGGACGACGGUAGAAGCUUCACAAUUGAACCGGUUGAAGUUUCUGGACUUCCUAAGGACAUUAUAAAAAUUUCUGCCGGCUAUUAUCACUCUUCUGCUAUUACAGAAAGUGGAGAGCUAUACGUGUGGGGAAAGAAUAACAGUGGUCAACUUGGUCUUGGAAGGAAGGCAUCAAAGGUAGUUCCGGUCCCAAAUAAAGUAGAUUUCUUGAAUGGUGUUCCUAUUAAGAUGGCUGCUUUGGGUUCUGAUCACUCUAUGGCUGUUACAGAUAAAGGUGAGGUUUUAAGUUGGGGAGGAGGAGAAUCAGGAAGGCUCGGUCACGGACACAAAUCGAGUCUCUUGGGAUUUUUGAGUUCUACCAGUGAAUAUACGCCAAGGCUUAUCAAGGAACUUGAAGGGGUCAAGAUAAAGAGUGUUGCUGCUGGGAUGCUGCAUUCAGCAUGCAUUGAUGAAAAUGGUUCCGUAUAUGUUUUUGGGGAAAGAGCAGUACAGAAGUUGGCCUCAAGAGCUGAAAGUACAGUUUCAACUCCAUCUAAGAUAGGAGAAUUACCAUAUUCUCAAGAAGUUGCAUGUGGUGCUCAUCACACAUGUGUCAUCACAAGUGGUGGAGAACUGUAUACGUGGGGCUCCAAUGACAACGGUUGUCUUGGUACUGGUGAUACACAUGCUGUUCAUGUGCCAGAAAGAGUACAAGGCCCAUUCUUGAGGAAUUCCGUUAGCAAGGUAUCCUGUGGCUGGAAGCAUACAGCUGCUAUUUCUGAUGGGAAUGUUUAUACUUGGGGUUGGGGUGGUGCCAUGGGCACCUUUUUUGAAGCCGAACAUUCAUCUGGUGGACAAUUGGGCCUAGGGGAUGAUGUGGAUUACGUUGAACCUACGUUGGUUGACUUUGGUGAGAGUGUGAAAGCAUUGCAGAUCUCAUGUGGGUUCAAUCAUACAGGGGCAGUACUUGAAUUCAACUGAUUGCAAACACAGAAAUCUGUCUCGUUUUUCUUCAAGCUCAAGUUUUGAAUGUGCAGUCAAAACGGUGAUUAGCCAAAUACCUAAUCUACACAUAUACAAAUAACCGUCAAACGGAAUAAGAAAGUUUGGUGUGCAAGUCAUACAACUCCACAAAACCGCAUGUGAAUAAGCAACUGUAUGUAAAUCUAUUAAGAGCAUGGUGUAUAUGAGGCUCUUGUUUAUACUAAAAGCAAAUCUUCUUUUUUCCAAAAACAAGCAUGUGUGUGAUCCUUAUGUCUAUGCUGAUUUGUACCUUUUGGUACAUAUGUAAACUUACUUGGCAGUUGGCAUCAUAAUUGAUCCCUGACUUCGUAGA